CAGGUCACUUUCAACAUGGAGAGUGGAGCAGGGAAGCAUUGGACUGAGGAGGAGGUUAAAGCCUUGUUAAGCGUCUGGUCAGAAAAAAAUAUCAGAAAGCAACUGCACGGCACCCUGAGGAAUAAAGGAAUAUUUAUCUACAUUGCUAAAAGGUUGCAGGAGUUGGGAGUGUGCAGGGACUGGAAACAGUGCCGUGCAAAGUACAAAAACCUCAAGUACGAAUACAGAACGGUUAAAUAUGCCCACAACUCUGGGGAUGUCACUAAAACCAUGAAGUUUUUCCAUGAUCUGGAUGCCAUAUUGCGAUAUGAGCCUGUCACACAAUUAGCAGCAGAAGAAAACGGCAGGUGUUCUGCGACUGAGACGCAGCUGAACACAAGCCCCACAACAGACAGCACGCAAGGUGAAAUACCAGUUUCUUUAGAAGAUGAUGACGAUGCUCCAGGAGAUCCACUACUUUUUAUAUCUCAUGCCAGACCAGUGCAACUAGGUAAUCCAGCGUCAGCAGUAGAAGCUUCCAAACCACCAGCUUUGAUUCCUACAGUAGCAAAUGAAGGAGGAAAACACUGGACUGUUAAUGAAGUCAGAGCUUUGAUACGCAUAUGGUCAGACAAAAGUAUCCAACAACAACUGGAGGGCACAGUGAGAAAUAAAAGAAUAUUUGAGCAGGUUGCUGCUAGACUGCAAAAGUUUGGAAUUGACAGGGACUGGAAGCAGUGCAGGACAAAAUACAAAAAUCUGAAACAUGAAUACAAGAGUGUAAAAAGUGCCCAAGAGUCAGGGAGUACGAGUAAAAGUAUGAAAUUUUUUAAUGAACUGGAUGCUAUUCUGGGGCACUGCACGAUGGAACAAGCAAGUAAAUCAGAUAAUGGUGAAAGUGAGAGGCCUCCAGAAUGGAAAGAAGCAAAAUCAGAAAAGGAUUCUGUAGAAAUGCCUGGAGACACAGGUGAAGAGGACUCUGUUAGUAAUACGUCAGAAGACCUACAGUUUGCAGAUAUAAAGAAAGUUUCUGAUUCAGAUGAUGUUACUGUAAAUACUACUCCAGAGAGUCGGGCAGCUCUGCAUAUACCGAAAGACACAAAUAUAGCAAAAAUCGUUGAAGAUGAGGGGGACUUAGCAAACUCCACCCGAGCAGCUCUGGAAGCUACACAAAUAAAGAAGGAGACAAUUGAUAUAGAUGAUGAUUCUAUAAGCACUACCUCAGAAGAGAGAUCUUGUACACCAGUAGCAAAACAGAUGGUUGGGACAGAUAAUCACAUUCCGUUGGAAGAAGCAGAAAAUCACUUUAAAGUUGUUACAGUUAAUGAUACAGGAGCAGGAAAACAUUGGAGUGAUAAUGAAGUUAGGGCUCUGAUAAACAUAUGGUCAGAUGAAAAGAUACAACAAAUGCUUGAAGGGGCAACAAGAAAUAAAGAAAUAUUUGAGGAAAUUGCCAGAAGAUUAAUGAAACGUGGCAUAGACAGAGACUGGAAACAGUGUCGCACGAAGUACAAGAACCUAAAAUAUGAAUACCGGGCACUGCAGAAAGAAAAUGAGCAUCUUGGAAAUCCCAGGAGAAAAAUGAGAUUUUAUGAUGAAGUUGACUGUAUCUUAAGAAGGCAGCCUCUGGGAACCUCAGGCUGGGGAUGUGAAAGCUCAAGUCUCCUAUCAGUGGGAGAUGCUACAGCAAACACAGGAUCUUUGAGUACCAAAAGAAAAACAUGGAAUGAUGAGGUGUCACCUGUUCCACUUAAGAAAAGUGCUUCUGAAAACACCAUACUCCACUUCCAAAAACUAUUAACAGAAAGAGUGCACACAGUAACAGAAGGCAAAAAGUUACUGUUUGAAAGGCUUUGUAAGCAGGAAGAAAUGCAAGACCUCAGCAGAACACAGAUGUAUACUGAUCCAUCAGCCAUACAACAGGUUGGUUUCACUAACUUUGUGAGCAUCUCGAGAAUGACGGCCGGGCCUCGCCGCGACUCCGGCAAGAGGCCACCUCUCGGCGCGGUUGGGACGGGGCGGCGGGUGCAUUCCGCCGUGCGGGGCGUACCCCCCUGCCGCCCCGCUCAUCCCCGCCGGGGGUUCAUCCCCGCCAUCCGCAGUUCAUCCCCGCAGCCCGGGAUGCGGCCACGGCGCGGGUUCCGCGCAGGGACGUGCGAACGCCCGGGCCGGUGGCGCGGGCCCGGUAGAGAGAGCGGGUGCGACGCAGGCGAGAUGCGGCCGAGGUCCAAAGGCGUUCGACAACUCUCCUUCGGCGGGACCAGCUCGGGAGGCAGGAAGCGGAGGGGUGUUCCUUGCCCUUCGCCUCCGGGAUGCUGCCGGGGCUCCCCGCCGGGGCGGAGCGGAAGGGACCGCUCGGAGCGCUCCCCUUCCCUCCCAGAGCGCUCCCGCCGCCGGAGACCCGAGGCCCUCCAGGCUGCACGUGCCACCGCACGGCCCCGAGCAGCCGCCGCGGCCCGGUCCGACACCGAGCUGCGUCCGGGCACAUCUCGCUCCCGCGCCCCUCUUACCUCUCCUCCAGCUCCAUGGCGCGGGCAGCACGUGGUGGCGCGGCGGCCCCGCUCCAGCUCCCUCUCCCGCUCCCGGUCCCGCUCCAGCGGCUUCCACGCGCUGCUGCCGGCGGCGCUCUCAGCCCACUACGCCGCUCCGCCCGGGUAUCCCGGUGGCCCGCCGGGCGCCUCCCGCCCUCAUUUACAUACGGGGGGGGGCGACACCGCACCCCCGUCCCGCUCCACCGCCUCUCCCGGCCCCGCCUCCCCUAGAUUCCACUCUGCCCGCCACCCCGCGGGGCGCCCCAGGCCGAGGGGAUGUUUGCCCGCGGGACCGGGCGGCCGUCGGGGGUGGGUCGGUCAGUCGGAGGUUCCGCUCUCGGGGGGCCCGUGCCUGCUCAGCGUCUUGGGUUACCUGAAACUUGGCAAAAAAGUUAAUGAAGGUAAAACGAAAGAAGUGUACGAGCUGCCAGAUAUCCCGGGAUGUGUUCUUAUGCAGUCAAAAGACCAAAUAACGGCGGGAAAUGCAGCCAGGAAAGACCGAAUGGAAGGGAAGGCUGCCAUUUCCAACACAACGACAAGCUGUGUGUUUCAGCUGCUUCAGGAAGCUGGCAUCAAAACAGCUUUUGUCAGGAAACAGAGUGACACAGCAUUCAUAGCAGCUCACUGUGAAAUGAUCCCAAUUGAAUGGGUGUGCAGAAGAAUUGCUACUGGCUCCUUCCUCAAGAGAAACCCUGGUGUCAAAGAAGGAUAUAAGUUUUACCCACCCAAAAUUGAGAUGUUUUUCAAGGAUGAUGCUAAUAAUGAUCCACAGUGGUCUGAAGAGCAAAUAAUCGAAGCAAAAUUCUGUUUUGCUGGACUUACUAUUGGCCAGACUGAAGUGGAUAUUAUGUCUCGUUCUACUCAAGCCAUUUUUGAGAUCCUGGAAAAAGCAUGGCAGCCCCAAAACUGCACUCUUGUAGACCUGAAGAUUGAAUUUGGUGUUAACGUGCUGACAAAAGAAAUUGUUCUUGCUGAUGUUAUUGACAACGAUUCAUGGAGACUGUGGCCAGCAGGAGACAGAAGCCAGCAAAAGGACAAACAGUCCUAUCGGGACCUGAAAGAAGUGACUCCUGAAGCACUGCAAAUGGUUAAGAGAAACUUUGAAUGGGUUUCAGAAAGAGUGGAGUUGCUUCUAAAAACAAAGAGCCAAGGUAGAGUUGUGGUGUUAAUGGGAUCUUCUUCUGACCUCAGUCACUGUGAAAAAAUAAAAAAGGCAUGUGCAACCUUUGGAAUUCCUUGUGAAUUAAGAGUGACUUCUGCCCACAAAGGGCCAGAUGAAACCCUGAGGAUCAAAGCAGAAUAUGAAGGAGAUGGAAUCCCAACAGUGUUUGUUGCAGUAGCUGGCAGAAGCAAUGGUUUGGGGCCAGUAAUGUCUGGUAACACUGCUUACCCAGUUGUCAACUGCCCUCCCCUCUCAGCUGACUGGGGUACUCAGGAUGUGUGGUCCUCUCUCAGACUACCCAGUGGUCUUAGCUGUCCUACUACUCUGUCACCUGAAGGAGCUGCCCAGUUUGCUGCCCAGAUAUUUGGGUUAAACAACCAUUUAGUGUGGGCCAAACUGCGAUCAAACAUGCUGAACACCUGGAUCUCCCUGAAGCAGGCUGACAAAAAACUUAGAGAGUGCUCCUUGUAAGUCCCACUGACAAGUAACUAUUAUUAGUUCCAAAAUGAUAAUGGCGUGUGCAUAUUCAUUCAUAUUAGGAUUUACCCCUGGAUGAGCUCAGAGGUCCUGCAUCAUUUCUUGCAGAAGAAAGCAUUGUUAGAGCAGAAUAGGAAGUUUGCUGUGUCGUCAUCCUUCCCUUGUGUAUUUUUUAAUAAAACAACUAAGUAGAGAUGGGGUAAUAGUAUUUUAGGUACUCCUAGGUACUCUUUCUGUUGCUCCAGAAUGGUCCUGUUCUGCUUUUUAGUCUAUACUGUUAACUACAGACCAUGUCAAGAGAAUGAUUUGGUGCAAUCUAAAGAGAAUUCAACUAGUCUUCUGCAUUUCUGUAACAGUAACAUUCUUCUAUAGUAUUAAUGUAUGUCUUGAACCCAAUUAACUGAACUGGACUGCUGACAAAAGCCAGUGUUGAUGCUGUUCUGCUUGCAAUGAUGGUAUGCUUUCAUUAGCAAUAAAAUGACAACAUAUGCUGUAUUAAUAGGAAAAGAGUGUGGAAAAAUGUCUUAAGAGCCUGAAAUAAAUAUAUGCCUUAUUUUAAAAAUGUAUAUACAUACAUGGAUCUUUUUUAAAAAUAUGUAUGUGUAUAUUUACCCAUUGAUAUCUUUGGAAUGAUGUGAUGAAGUUGACACCAAUUUGCUUGUUCAUAACAAGCCAGAAAUACAAAUGGCUUGAGUGACGUGUAACUUGGUUUGUUGCCUGUUUGCUCUAACUCUUGCCUAGUCCAAGCUUUGUCCUUUUAAAUACUAGGCAGAUCUACCUUCAGUAGUUCUGCAGGGGCUAUGUGAUGAUGUUGGACUGUCUUCAUACACUUCAAUAACUAUAGCUAUUCUGUGUCUAUAUUUCCUCACUCUGUUUCUGUGGAAAUUUUACUGAACAGGGGAACAAAUACUAAAACAACAAACUUCUGGGGGGAAAUCUAAGCAUGACUUUCUUGUCUUUGCACACACCAGUCUUCUGAGUAGGUAAGAUUCUAACAAAUAUGCAAUUACUCAAAGUAUGUAACACCUAUGCUUUUACAAUGAUAAAUAAACUAUUGAAUGCAAAUCUUCA